GGGCCCUUGAAAAGGUCUCCUUUUACUACUUGGACGGACUAGGAAAGGUGCCAAAAAGCACUGACUUAGUUCCUCUGUCCGCGCACAGCCACUCUCUCAUUCUUUCAUUUCCUUUUCCUUUCCCAUCGAUGCCUUGCUGCCUUGCAGUUCUGGACCACUACCGAGAUCGGCCUAGUGCGGUGUGAAAGGCGGUGAGGUCAAUGAUCUGAAUGUGGGGUUCACUGUGAGUGGCUGCGAAAUCGGCAAUUUUGCCCUCUAGUGCCCCUCAUUCGCCAUUGACUCAUCAUCCCAUAUCUACCAUACCUCUUUUUAAUUUCCCACCGACGGCAGAUUGACACUCUGAGGGCUUUGUCAACUGCAAUCAUGGGUGUUGAAACUGUCUCCCUACAGGAUCGCCUUGAACGAUGGGCUCAGAGGUUACAAAACCUCACUGUCAGUCCCCUUACUCGGGAUUAUCCCGAUAAUCAGAAUCAGGAUCUUCCCAAGAGAGUUAUUGAGGCAUUCGAAACCCUCAAGCUUUCUGAAGACACAGAGGGAAAAUUACAAAAGCUUUCCGGCUCAUCGUCGGGGUUUACCGUUUUCUUGACCGCGUUUGUCGUUCUUGUCGCUCGUCUCACAGGCGAUGAAGAUAUCGCUAUCGGAACCACCUCGGCCGAAGACGGCCGUCCAUUCGUCCUCAGAGUCCCAAUUGACGUCUCGGAAACCUUCCUCCAAUUAUAUACUAAAGUGCAGAAGGCUUUCGACCAAGGGUCCUCCGACAUCGUUCCUUUAGGUAGUUUACGAUCUUACAUCCAGGAAAAGUCCCAAUCCGAACGGGCCCCAGUUCUUUUCCGCUUCGCGGUGUACGAUGCACCUGCCGCAUCCCAGGAAUAUCCCGCCAACACAUUUGAGACUACGGACUUGGUCGUGAACGUUGCACCUGCAGCAGGCGGAUCAACAACUCAAGCGGAGUUAGGCGCUUAUUACAACCAAAGACUCUUCUCAAGCGCCAGGAUUGCCACGAUACUGAAGCAACUGGGCAAGAUUGUUGAAAAUGCGACUAGCAACCCAGAAGAGGCUAUCGGGCGCCUUGACUUCAUGACCGAUGACCAGCGGGCUAUCCUUCCCGACCCGACAGCUGACCUUAACUGGUCCAAGUUCCGAGGCGCCAUCCAUGACAUCUUUGCGAAGAAUGCCGAGAAAUAUCCAGAAAAGCUGUGUGUGGUGGAGACCAAGUCUGAUCGAUCUCCCCACCGCGAAUUUACAUACAGGCAAAUCAAUGAGGCCUCCAAUACUCUAGCACACCACUUGGUUCAAUCGGGCAUUGAGAGAGGUGAGGUCGUCAUGGUGUACGCUUAUCGUGGUGUCGAUCUUGUAGUAGCUGUUAUGGGUAUCCUCAAAGCUGGUGCAACCUUCUCCGUCAUUGACCCCGCAUACCCACCAGAGAGACAGUGCAUCUAUCUUGAUGUCGCUCGCCCUCGGGCGCUCAUUAAUAUCGAGAAAGCCACUAAGGAUGCUGGCGAGCUUUCGGAGAAGGUCCGCUCUUUUAUUAAGGAGAAUCUCCAGCUACGGACAGAAGUCCCAGCGCUCGCACUUCGCGACGAUGGCUCGCUCUUGGGAGGAUCAAUCAAUGGCCAAGAUGUUCUAGCCAACCAGGUGCCUUUUGGAUCUAAGCCUGUCGGUGUCGUGGUUGGUCCUGACUCGAUUCCUACUUUGUCCUUUACUUCCGGCUCGGAGGGAAGGCCCAAGGGUGUAAGGGGUCGUCAUUUCUCAUUGGCAUAUUAUUUCGAUUGGAUGUCCGAGACGUUCAAGCUUAAUCCCAAUGACCGUUUCACAAUGCUCAGCGGUAUUGCUCAUGAUCCCAUUCAACGAGAUAUCUUUACUCCCCUCUUCCUAGGAGCACAGCUGCUAGUGCCGGCGCGUGAAGACAUUCAGAAUGAGCGACUCGCUGAAUGGAUGCGGGAAUACGGUGCUAGUGUCACCCAUCUGACACCUGCUAUGGGUCAGAUCUUGGUUGGCGGUGCUUCGGCGCAAUUCCCAGCUCUUCACCAUGCUUUCUUCGUCGGCGAUAUCUUGAUCAAGAGAGAUUGCCGAUCUCUGCAAGGACUAGCCCCAAAUGUCAACAUUGUGAACAUGUAUGGUACAACUGAAACCCAGCGUGCGGUCAGUUAUUACGAAAUUCCUAGUUACUCCAGCAAUGAAGGGUUCCUGGACACUAUGAAGGAUGUGAUCCCAGCCGGGCGGGGCAUGGUUGAUGUGCAGAUGCUGGUUGUGAACCGAUUUGAACCGAGCCGUAUUUGCGCUAUCGGAGAAGUGGGCGAGAUCUAUGUUCGCGCUGCUGGUUUGGCAGAAGGCUAUUUGGGUUCUCCUGAGCUGAACGAGAAGAAGUUCCUCAAGAACUGGUUUGUGGACCCUCAAACAUGGGUUGAGAAAGAUCAAGUCGAAUCGCAAGGUACCAACGAACCAUGGAGAGAGUUUUACGUUGGACCUAGAGAUCGCCUGUACCGCAGUGGCGACCUCGGCAGAUACACCCCUACUGGUGAGGUUGAAUGUUCCGGCCGUGCGGAUGACCAAGUAAAGAUUCGUGGUUUCCGUAUCGAACUUGGCGAAAUCGAUACACACCUUUCCCGCCACCCACUUGUGAGGGAAAAUGUCACUUUGGUGCGUCGAGACAAGUUUGAGGAACCAACUCUGGUUAGUUACUUCGUGCCAGACAUGGGCAAGUGGGCUUCGUGGUUGCAAAGCAAGAGCCUCGAAGACGACGAUUCCGCUGAAGGAAUGGUUGGUAUGCUCAGGCGAUUUCGUCCUCUCCGUGACGAUGCUCGAGAGCUUCUGCGUAGCAAGCUUCCGGCUUAUGCUGUGCCAACAGUGUUUAUCCCGCUCAAGCGAAUGCCUCUGAACCCUAACGGCAAGAUCGAUAAGCCUGCAUUGCCUUUCCCAGAUACUGCGGAGCUUAGUGCUGCAGCCCCCAGGCGCAAGUCAUCCGUGCUGCAAGCCCUGUCUGAGACAGAGCAAGCUUUGGCUCAGGUUUGGGCUAAGCGCAUUCCAAAUGUCACCUCUCGCAUGAUUGGCCCCGACGAUUCUUUCUUUGACCUUGGAGGACACAGUAUCCUGGCACAGCAGAUGUUCUUCGAUCUCCGGCGCAAGUGGCGAGGUGUUGAUAUCAGCAUGAACGCAAUUUUCCGCAGUCCUACUCUCAGAGGGUUUGCUACCGAGAUUGACCGUUUGUUGAAUCUUGAAUCGUUCGCUGCCAACGACAGCAAGACAAUUGCCGAAGCUCCAGAUAGCUCUAGCGCACCUGAUGAUGAAUACUCUAAGGAUGCCCGUAAGCUAGUAGAUGCUCUUCCCAAGAUAUUCCCCAAACGGACUGAGCCUAUUCUUUCUGGGGAACCAACAAUCUUCCUCACGGGUGCUACUGGAUUCCUGGGCGCCCAUAUUCUUCGCGAUCUGCUCACCCGCAAGUCGCCUUCCGCAAAGGUUGUGACUCUAGUUCGAGGAAAGACCGAAGAGCAAGCCCUAGAGCGUAUCCGUUCUACCUGCCGGGCGUACGGUUUCUGGGAUGACGCAUGGACCAGCCGUCUUCAGUGUGUCUGCGGUAACCUAGGAGAGCCUCAACUCGGUCUCUCUCAGGCGCUGUGGGAUGAUUUGGCUACCCGCGUUGAUGCGGUGAUCCACAAUGGAGCCCUUGUUCACUGGGUGUAUCCUUACUCUACUCUCAAGCCUGCUAACGUUCUGGGCACCAUCGAUGCCCUGAAGCUUUGCGCCACUGGAAAGCCCAAGCAGUUCUCGUUUGUCAGUUCUACAAGCGUGCUUGACAGCGACCAUUAUGUCGAGGAGUCUGAACGGAUCGUUGCAGCCGGUGGAGCAGGUAUCAGUGAGGAGGAUGACUUGGAGGGCAGCAGCGUAGGUCUUGGAACCGGUUACGGUCAGAGUAAAUGGGCAGGAGAGUACCUUGUCAGGGAAGCGGGUAAGAGAGGAUUGAAGGGAACCAUUGUCCGUCCCGGAUACGUGCUGGGCGACUCUCAAACCGGAACUACAAACACCGACGACUUCCUUAUCCGAAUGAUCAAGGGAUGUAUCCAGCUUUCUGCUCGUCCUAACAUCAACAAUACUGUCAAUAUGGUCCCCGUCGAUCAUGUUGCCCGUGUUGUCAUCGCCGGCGCCUUCCAGCCUCCAUGCACGCCUAUUAGCGUUGCGCAGGUGACUGGACACCCGCGCCUGCGCUUCAACCAGUUCCUCGGUGCUCUGCAGUUAUAUGGCUAUGACGUCCCUCAGGUUGAUUAUGUCCCGUGGGCCCAGUCGCUCGAGCAAUAUGUCAAUGAUGGACAGCACGACGACCCAGAAUCCCAACAUGCACUCAUGCCCCUUUAUCACUUUGUGACCGCCGACCUCCCAUCUAACACCAAAGCACCCGAACUAGACGAUGUUCAUGCCGCUGCUUCCCUUCGCGCAGAUGCAGCCUGGUCCGGCGUCGACGCCUCUGCCGGUGCCGGCGUGACCGAGGAGUUGGUUGGUCUUUACGUUUCCUAUCUUAUCGCUGUUGGUUUCUUGCCUUCGCCGCCUACUUCCUCGACGGGCCGGCCCUUACCCACGACUCAGCUCAGCGACGACCAGAAGCAGGCCUUGGCCAAUGUUGGUGGCCGUGGAGGCAGCUCAUGAAUCUAUUGAAACCUAGCGCUUUCUUUUUCUUUGUUUUGUUUCGAUGAUACAUAUUUCGUUUUCAUUUUCAAAAUUCUUUAGGGGUAUAAAAGCUAUGGAUGCGGCAUUUAUGGAAAGCACCAUGUAUAUAUAUAGAAGAGACAAGUAGGGGAGUGGGGGGAAAGCGACCUAGAUUAUUGUGUUCAGAUGAUUCCAGUUGGCUGUUUUGCAUUCAGGUCAAACCCCACACAUCAUGGCCCACGUGGGAAAAUGCCUCAGGGGGGGAAUUUCACUGGAUUAGUUAAUAGUACCUUCGUUGGUUAGUAUUACUCUAAAUAGAUGAAGUGAUACGAAAUCACUCGGUUGCAGUCAGGCAACGUAAAUACAAUGCAUCGAUAGGGGUGAGAUAAUGGGCGUUGGAUCUGCCCACGGUUGUGCCGUAUUUCCCGAUCUGUGCCGCUCACCGGGCGUUUAUAAAGUCGCAUGUAUUUUGCGUCCGCUGCCAAGAUAGAACAGCGUUC